AUGAAUAGUCCUGAGAAAUGCGAAAUCGACACCACCGCCGACUGCGGAGAGAUCGACACCCUGGACAAGAUGCGUUGGUGGCAGCGGGCGACCAUCUACCAGGUUCUAAUCCAGAGUUUCCAGGACACCAACGGAGAUGGAAAGGGGGAUAUUCGUGGAGUCGUCAAUCGGCUCGAUUACUUCGUCACGCUGGGCGUGGAUGUGAUCUGGAUUGCGCCAAUUUACCAGUCUCCCAUGUCGGAUAUGGGAUAUGAUAUCAGCGAUUAUUAUACCGUCAAUCCUAUCUUCGGCUCAAUGGAGGACAUGGAGCUUCUCAUCAGCGAGACACACAAACGAGAUAUGAAGAUCAUUCUGGAUAUUGCGCUGAAUCACACCUCGUCAGAGCAUCAAUGGUUUCAAACCUCGCGACGGUCCCGGAAAGAUCGCAGUCUGGGGAAACGCGACUGGUAUUUCUGGAGUGAAGGCAAGGUGGACGAGACUGGCAAACGGAUUCCCCCGAACAACUGGGAAAGCACAUUUACCGGGUCAACGUGGGAAUGGGACGACAUGGCAGAGGAGUUUUAUUUGCACAUCUUUGGUAAGAAUCAACCGGAUCUCAACUGGGACUGCGAAGACGUUCGCCAGGCCUUGUAUAACGUGCUUCGGUUCUGGCUCGACAAGGGGAUUGAUGGAUUCCGACUCGACACCAUGAAUCUGGUUUCAAAGACGUCUGAAUUCCCAGAUGCACCAAUCGUCAAAAAGGGAUCGAUCUGGCAACCUGCGAAUUUUCUCUUCGCCAACGGCCCUCAUAUCCACGAAUAUCUGCAGGAAAUGUACGAGCAGGUGUUCUCCAAAUAUGACGUUGUCACAUUGGGCGAGAUGUCUUGUGGCGUGUCUCCAGCACAGGCAGUCGAAUACACCUCGCGCCAUAAACCUCGGCCUGAGUUAUCGCUCGUCAUUCAGUUCCAGCACGUCGAGUUGGACUGCUACGACGGCGACAAGUGGCUGUUGCGGGAAUGGGAGCUACCGGAGUUGAAGGCUGUCAUCAACGAGUGGCAGGCGACGCUGAUCGACAAUGGAGGAUGGAACACUCUCUGGAUGGAGAACCACGACCAGCCACGGGCGAUCUCACGCUUCACAACUUCUCACCCGCGGUUCCGCGCUCUCUGCGCCAAGUUGCUCUGCGUCUGGCAGUAUACCCUGCAGGGAACGAAUCUGAUCUUCCAAGGACAAGAGCUGGGGAUGGUGAACCCCGGAAUGUUCACCGAAGAGAUGAACCAGGAUAUCGAGACGGCUCAAUACUGGAAGGCCGCGUGUGAGGCAGCCGGAUCAGAGCACGACGAAGCGCUCACACUGGCAAAGAAAGCGAUCAUCCAGAAAGGACGAGACAACACCCGCAUCCCGAUUCCGUGGACCGAUGCUCCUCACGGCGGCUUCACCGAACCUGAUUGUAAACCCUGGAUCCCCGCCUCUGAGCACGGGAAAGACUGGUGCUGUUUCAGCCAGCAGAAAGACCCGGAGUCCGUCUGGUCGUUUUAUCGGGCGAUGAUCCGGAUGCGCAAGAAUCAUCCCACCUUGUAUUACGGCACGUACGAGACACUCGACAUGGACAACCCGUUCAUCUGGGCCUACAAACGACGGUCAAAACUUCGGUGCUACCUGACCAUCCUGAACUUCUCUUCGGGGGCCACCAGCUGGGCGUAUGCAGAGCACGGUGUCGAUCUGAAGGGAUCGAAGCUGUUGAUUUCGAAUUAUCUCACGCAGGAGGCAACGCUCGUGGAGCCGAUCCUGCUGCUGCGGCCUUUUGAGGGGCGGUUGAAAAGCAGCCAGGUCUCGUCGUCCACGCCACGUCAACUCGCAAAAAAAGCCUGGCAGGAGGAAAGCGACUCAGCUGCAGUUCCUAUACGAGUGUUUUUUAUUUCUUCGUCGGUUUUCUCUCUACGACAAGACGAUCGAGGUACCAGGCAGUCGCCAACGAGCAGCGACGGUCAGCCAACCACCGUACCAGAAGACGAAUAA